AUGGUAUCGUUAUUCUCACUCCUCCGAGUGGCUAUCGACACUAUACGAGAGAUCGUGUCUUCAUACCGGCGUGUCACGAAGAGGAUAAGGCAGUCUCCCGGGCUCCCAGUAUCGAAUCCCACCACACCGUUCUGGUCUAUCCCAGCGUCGCCUAUCCAAAAAGAAGGCUCAUCAGCGGCUCUGCCUGCAAGUGCAGAUGUAGUGAUUAUCGGGUCUGGGAUAACAGGCACAGCGUUCGCGCGUACGCUGCUUGAUGCGGAUGGGUCGUUGGAAGUAGUGAUGCUGGAGGCGAGGGAUGCGUGUUCUGGUGCUACAGCGCGGAAUGGAGGACAUAUCACGCCACCACUGUACCAUGAUUAUCUGGAUUUGAAGGAGAAGUACGGGGCAGAGGCGACGAAGCAAAUCAUUCAAUUUAGGCUGUCGCAUCUGGAUGAGCUGAUUAGCGUCGCAGAGGAGGAGGGUCUCAUGGAAGAGAGUCAGUGUCGCAAGGUGGAAACAUAUGAUGUGUUUUUCGACCAAGAGGUGUUUGAGGAUGCAAAGGAGAAGUUGGGGCGUUAUUUGGAGGAAAUGCCAGAUGAGAAAGGUGGCUGGGGUACAAUGGAAGGGUCGGCAGGGAUGCAGCUUGCAGAUGGAGUGCGCGGGGUCAUCUCAACGACGGGAGGGGCGGUGCAUCCGUAUCGGCUCGUCACGGGAAUCCUCUCAAGGCUGCUCAAGACAUACUCGUCCUUCCGGCUGUACACCCAUACACCAUGUUUCUCCAUCGCCGACAACAUUGUUCACACAUCCCGUGGUGAUAUUCGCGCCAAACACAUCGUGCAUGCUACGAAUGGCUGGACAUCCCAUCUCCUCGCACCGAUGCGAGAAAAGAUCGUUCCUGUGCGAGGGCAUAUGACUGCACAACGCGCAGGAACAGGCUUGGACAACGGAUGGCAUGGUACCCGGUCGUUUGUGCUAUACCCAGGCGCGUCAGAAGAUCGAUGGGACUACCUCACCCAACAGCCGCCUGAUCCUGCGAGACUCGGCGAGAAACCACAUGCAGAGUUCAUGUUUGGAGGUGGUAUCGAGUUGGGCACGCCGUCCUUCUUUGAAGCUGUCGGGUGCUCUGACGACAGUCAAGUCGAGUUUCGAACUUCGGCUUACCUUGGUGGGGCACUGGCAGCGUAUUUUGGGAAAUGGUGGGGAGGCGAGUCGGCUGAUUUUGACGACGAUGAGCAUUUUGAGAAAGGACGCGUGAAGAAGGCGUGGUCGGGUAUUCUGGGUAUAUCUGCGGAUGGACUGCCUUGGGUAGGUAGUAUCCCCUCGAAGGUGUCGGGCAGGUCAGGAGGGAGAGAGUGGAUUGCGGCAGGGUAUUCCGGGGAGGGAAUGGUUCACGCGUGGAUGAGUGGAAAGGCGUUGGCGUACAUGGUGCUUGGGAAAGAUGUUGAUUGGCUCCCUGACCUGUUUCGCGUUACAGAGAAAAGGUGGAAGAAAGCAAAUAUCGCGUCUUGGCUGUAACAAUCCAUCUUGUAGAUGUACAAAAAACUACGCGUUGUGGCUGUAAUAAUCAUAUGUAUGUU